AUGAGUGUUAAAGAACUCAUCCGAGGAAGAUUGGUGAACAAGCUGAAAAAGCAUCAAAGGCGAGAUAGUUACAAUUGCUCAGAUCCCACUUAUGUCCAGCUUUUACACUCGAUUUUGAAGGAUGACUCGAUGUUCUUGAAGUUUAUGGCACUAAUCUUGACCAUGUCAGCUAUUAUCAGUGUGCUGGUAUACCUCAUACAUGUUCUUAUUGAUGAUCUCUUACGAGGACUGAAACUAUGGGGUAUUGGUGGAUUUAUAAGUAGUUCAAUGAUUACUACGAUAUGGAACACAGCUAAAAUGUUACUCGGUGGUUAA